AUGCUGACUUCAUCGAUUAUAUCCAAUUUGCGAAAUAUUUCGGCACUUUCUUUAAAUCAUGUUUCUCAGAUUAAGAGUUUCUUCCACACGACACCAAUAUGCAAUGAAUUAAGGCUUCUUUCUAGAAUGAGAGUUGUUGACAACAGUGAAAUCGGCAAGAAAGCUAUGUUGGAAGGAAAACCACCUAAAGUUAUUCAUGUUUACAAUAAACGUCGAGUUGGUUUAAUUGGUGAUAGAGUUCUUAUGGCAAUCAAAGGACAAAAAAAGAAAGGAAUCCUUGUUGGAUUGAAGCAAAAGCAAAGAAUCAAAGUUCCCAAGUUUGAUACAAAUAAUGUCGUAUUAAUUGACGACAACGGAACUCCUUUGGGCACUCGAAUAUUCGUUCCAAUUCCGACAAUUCUUAGGACCAUAAUGAAAGAAAAAACUCAUUCAAAAGGAGCUGACUACACAAAAAUUCUAGCAAUUGCUUCAAAAUUUAUUAAAGAAAUGUUUCAUUUAAAACCUAUUUUAGUUGAUCAGAAGAUCGAUUUUCCAACUUGUAUGUAUCAUCUUAAACCCAUCAACACGAAUUUGAACGAGAGCAUGGAUAAUUCUAUUAAUAAAUCGGAUAAAUCAGAAGUAGAAAUGUUAGAAGAAAAACAAAAUCGGAUUCUUAAGAAACUUGAUGAGCUCAAGCAGACACUUAUGUCGAUGCGAGGAGACAUGAAAGGAAACAAUAAAUCAAACCAUCCAGCUCAAGAGCGUAAAAUUACAUCGUCGUCGGUUAUUAAAGGGAAAGCGAUAGAUAUCAAUAAUCUUACUGAUAUUGUUAUCAAUGUUCAUCCAUCUAAUGUUCCAUUUAGCAUUCUUGCACUUGAAAAUCAAUGGAGAGGAAGAUUAAAUAUCGAAGUAAUGAUUUUUACUCAUUCAACUAUCCAAGAAUCUGAUUUCACGAAGGCAGCGAAAGAAUUUGGAGCCAAAGUUUCAUCAUCAAUCCCUCAAAGUAAUUUAGCAACAUUAAAGAUAAUAAUUAUUUGGAAAAAUGUUGAAACUACUCAAAUGUUGACAUCACCAACUUCAAUUCCUGUCUAUGGCGAAAUGAACAUCAUCCGAUAUCUUAACCGAAUUGGACCAAAUGAGUUCAGUUAUGAAGUUGACAAUCAAUUUGCUAACGUAUUUGAUAAUAUUCUCGAUAUUUGCGAUCAAAUUUUAAAGCAACCUUCAUCGAAAGAUCGUCAAUCCUACAUUCAACAAUUGAGUCAAUAUCUUGGAAAAAAUCAAUUUUUUAUCAACUCUCCAAGUAUAGGAAUUGCCGAUAUUGCAGCUUCAACUACUCUCAAGAAAUUGUCUGUCAACAGCCCUAAAGAACUUCCAGCAAAUUUCUCUUCUUGGCUUCAAAAAAUCAAUUCGAUUGUUGGAUAUUAAAACUCAAUAUAAAUUUGCCAGAAAAAAAACAUUAUUUUGAAACUUUAUUUGCAAUACAAUAAAAGUUAGAAAAAUGGCGUGUGAAGAACAAUCCAUGGAAGCUUUCCAUAAUUCUUAUAUAUAUACCAGUCAUAAAUUAAAUUAAUUCCUAAAACGAAAAUCAAAAC